AGUUUUGCAUCUGAGGAAGGUAUUGUCACGCAUAAUUGCAUAAAGUAUUGAAUCUUGAAGGCCAAAAUAUAUAUUAUAUAAAAACUUGAACUAUUCAAACUUUCGUUCUAUCUAAACCCCGUAAUGUUUAAAAUUUUUUUUCCACGUGACUGCUUGUGUUCCAGUGCAUAUUUGAAGUAUUCUUCGAUUGUCAACCUACCGGAGAGAGACGACCUUUAAAGUGUCUAGGAGAUCAUGAAGAACAUGAAGCGCAAAGCUCAGGGAAAACCGAGAGCCUGCUGCAGCGAAGACAUGACCGCCACCAGUGAUCUCCGUGAAAAUCGUGCAACUGAUCACGAGCGCCGUUUCAGCAAGCAGUGGUCAAUCUUUCGGGUUCCAGAGCACAUUCGCAAGGUCGACGAGAAGGCGUACAACCCUCGAGUCGUCUCGAUCGGCCCUUUCCACCGGAACCGGCCGGAGUUGAGGGCGAUGGAACCUCAGAAGCUGAGGCUGUACAAGCGACUCAUGAAACGGAUCGGUGAUGAGAAGCAGGAGGUGGGUCUCCAGACUGCGAUCAAGAAGUUGGAAGGCAGGGCGAGGAGUUGUUACUCAGAGGAGUUCAACGAUAUCAGCAGCGAGGAAUUCGUCCAGAUGAUGGUUCUUGACGGUUGCUUCAUCGUCAAGCUCAUGCGGUUGUAUCACAAGAGCAACAAGCACGGUGAAUAUGUGGAAGAACCGAUAUUUGCAACGAGAUGGAUGCUUCCCAACAUCACUAGAGAUCUGCUAAUGCUUGAGAACCAGUUGCCCUUUUUUGUGUUGAAAGAAAUCUACGAGCUAACCGCCUUCAGUGAGGAAGAUCACCCGCUAAACAAGCUCGCGCUCCUAUUCUUUGAGCCGCUAGGACCCCAAAAGGGCGAAUACACCGAGAUAAAGUUGCAAGACCAAGGGACGCAUCAUCAUCUCCUCUCUCUAUUUCACUCUAGUUUCGUCCCAAGUGAUUACCAUCCUCGAAGGUCCCGAAGGGUGAGAUGGAACAGACACGAAAAUUUUCCGGGGAAGUUUUGGCUGCAAGAAGUAAGAAUACUUCGGAGAUCUGGCAUUAAGUUCAAGAGCAAUCCCGGCAACCUCCUCAACAUAGAAUUCGAGAACAGGGAGCUCCGAAUCCCAACCCUAUUCAUCGACGACUCCACAGGACCUUUGUUACGGAACUUGGUGGCUUACGAACAGUGCAACGCCUUCGCCGCGCCGUACUUCACCUGCUACGCAAUCUUCCUCAACAGCAUCAUCGACGUGCCAGAAGACAUCGAGAUCCUUCAAGACGCGGGGAUCAUAGUACAGUCCGAGGCCGUGGACGAGGAAGUGGUGAACCUUGUUAAUAGCAUCACCAAGGAGCUCGUGUUCGAUCUGCACGACAUGAAUGACUGCUACAUAGCAAAGCAAAUUGAAGACAUCAACGACUUCUGUAAAUCUUGGAAGAGUAAAUGCAUCUAUCAGCUCUCGCGCGUCGAUUUCGUCAGUUUAGGGUUGUCAUUCCUCCCUUCGUUCAAGUAAUUGCAGGCGCGCUAAUUUCUUAGUCCUCCUUCACGCAACACAAAUCACCUUCAUAUUUGUUCUAUAGACUAAUUCUUUGUACUAAUUUAGUAGUCAUGUACUAAUUGGUUAGGAGAUAUUGUUUAAUCACAUCAUGUUUGAGAGAUUGCCCAAAUUUUGCUACAA